CUCCUUAGCAUCCUGGCUCCCUCCUGCCGACCCGCUCCGGUGCCAGGGAGUUCCUCCAACCGCGCGAUCGCUCGCUCUCCGGCUCGCCCGCCGUCCGCUCCCUCCUCCGUCUCGCCAUCCUUCGUCCCCUUCCCCGACCAGGCCCCGGGCUCCGGGCCUUGGGGUCUCAUCCCAGGCUGGAAGGGGGGGGAUCCGGCCAUGGAGGGCGGCUCGAACCGGGGGGCCCCGGAGGAAGACGAGCCGGCCGCGGCCGCCCCCAAUCCCUUCGUCCACGAGCCGCGGCUCAGCCGCCGCCAGCAAGUCCAGUUCUAUGUGCUGGGGGUUAUUCUGGCCCCCAUUCGAGUUGCGUUGGCUUUUGUGGUCCUCUUCCUUAUCUGGCCCUUCGCCUUGCUCCAAGUGGUGGGAUUGCCUGAAGAAACCUUGCAAGAACCCUGCUCAGGAUGGAGAAAUUUCUCAUGGUUCGGUCUAUUGGCUGAGUCGCCUGAUGUUUUUCUUGCUUGGGUUCAUGAGGAUCCGGGUGCGAGGUCAGAGGGCAUCCCGGCUCGAGGCACCCAUCCUGGUGGCUGCUCCUCACUCCACCUUCUUUGACCCCAUUAUUUUGCUGCCCUGCGAUCUUCCCAAGGUGGUGUCACGCACAGAGAAUCUCCAUGUGCCGGUCAUUGGAGCCCUGCUGAGAUUCAAUCAGGCCAUCCUGGUUUCCCGCCAUGAUCCAGCUUCUCGCAAGAAAGUGGUGGAAGAAGUGAAGAAACGAGCAACAUCCCAGGGGAAAUGGCCACAGGUGCUUUUCUAUCCCGAGGGCACCUGCUCCAACAAAAAAGCCUUACUGAAGUUUAAACCAGGUGCCUUCAUAUCUGGUGUUCCCAUUCAGCCGGUUCUCAUUCGCUACCCCAACUCUGUGGAUUCAACCACGUGGGCAUGGAGAGGACCUGGAGUGUUAAAAGUCAUCUGGUUGACUGCAUCUCAGCUUUGCACGACUGUAGAAGUAGAGUUUCUCCCAGUUUAUCAACCCAGCCCUGAAGAGGCUGUGAACCCCACACUAUAUGCUAACAAUGUCCAGAAAGUGAUGGCCAAAGCCCUGGGGAUCCCUGCCACAGAAUGUGAAUUUGUGGGCAACCUUCCAGUGACUGUCGUAGGGCGCUUGAGAGUAGCCUUGGAGCCACGGAUCUGGGAACUGGGGAAGGCUCUCCGGAAGGCCAGAUACCUAACGGAGGGGAUCAAAUACAACUUGGAUGCGCUUCCUGUCGGCACUUCGGGGCAGGUGGGACCAAAUGAGUUUGCCCACUGGCUGGGACUGGCCAGUCCUAAAGCUGUGGAAGAGAUCUGCAUCUAUUUCCAGCAGGAUUCCAAUGGAAACAUGGAUGCCCGGGAAGUGUCUUUAGCCCUGGAAUCUCUAUGGGGAGAACAUGACCCACAGCAACUGACACAUCGGGCUUUUGAGCUAUUCUCAGAGGUGGAGGCCAAGACAGGAACCUCUUAUCUGCACCAAGAUGGAUUCUGUGCCAUUUUGCGCCUCCUGCUGGGCACUCCAGUUGUGGACGGAGCUGAACUCUAUAGCCGACUUUGCACCGAGGACCACAGCCAGGAUGGGCUUAACUUUGGUCAAUUCCAGGACUUCUCUCUCCAUCACCCUGACUAUGCCCGUCUGUUCAGCACGUACCUGCGUCCCCCUGCAGCCUGCGCUCUGCCCAAGCCUGCCCAAGCAUCCACUUACGCUAAUGGUGUCUCUGCCAUUUCCCCCAAAAGCAAGGGUGACUGAAGCCCCUCCCCUGCCUAUUAAGCCAUGUGUAUCCAACCACCGUGAGAACAGCCCCCCCCCCCCACACACACAGCCAUGCCACACACCUUUGGCCACCACAGAGACCCCCAUUCCUUGCUUGGUCCCUGCUGUCAGGGUGAGGUUAGGCGGACUGGGGCCAAGAUUCUCCCCCCCUCCCCAUCUCAGGGCCAACGAAAA